AUGCUUAGUAAGGUCGCGAGAUCCAGUAUGCGGCCAGUGUUGCUUGCUGGGAUACUUGCUGUUGGAGCCGGUAUGACCGUGAUUGCGGAGUCGGAUGUGCUGGCUAUGUCGAACACUCCCGAAGGUGUAGCGUGGUUCGAGAAGAACAAAGAUCGAUUAACGUUUACAAAAUUUUAUAGGAAGAUGAUUUUGGAGAAAGAGAAUGGGAAGUGGGGGGCUAGAGUCGAGCGAGACGAGAACAAGUGA